CCCUACAAAUUAUAUCAAAAAAAAAAAACAACCACAAUGAUUCUUGUUUCUCUCAUGUUCAUUCACAUCACCAUUAUUCUCGCUUCAGGUUCACCGGCCGGAAAGAUUUCCACCAGAACAAUGGACGUCACCAAACCCAUAACAACAGUUCCGACCAUAACUCCGGCGACCACCACCAAUAACCCAAUUGCACAACCCACAACCACCACAACAACCCCAUCAUCAUCAUCAUCAUCAUCAUCUUCUCCAGGUCGAAGCUGGUGUGUUGCAAGCCAGUCUGCUUCUCAGACUGCAUUACAAGUUGCUUUGGAUUAUGCUUGUGGCUACGGCGGCGCUGACUGCUCGGACAUUCAACAGGGCGGUGGUUGUUAUAAUCCCGACACCCUUCGCCACCAUGCUUCUUAUGCAUUCAACAGUUAUUAUCAGAAGAAUCCGAUCCCCAGUAGCUGCAAAUUUGGUGGCACUGCCAUUACAACCAGCACAGAUCCAAGUUCAAGUUCAUGUCAAUUUCCAGCAACAAGCACAAGCUCAUCUAUCUUAAAUACCACAAAUUCAAAAGGAGCUACGGUUUUUGGCUCAGGACCCUCUGUCCCCUCUAGCACCGCAUCUCCCAUCAUCUUUUCUUACACAACCAUUUCUCUUUUUUUUGUCAUCUGUAUCUUUUAUAUAUUUAUUGUGUUUUAAGACAUGUAUUUAACAUGUUUAUUAUGCAUAUAUAAUUUUAUAUGUAGAUUAUUUGAAGUGUAGGAUUUAUUUUCAAGUUCAAAUAUAAAUAUUGUACGUUUGCAUAAAAGGACUUAUUCAGAUG